CAUGAUCAUAUCCACUAUCAAAUGUAUUAUUAGCAUGCAUGGCAUCCAAAGAUAUAUACCCAUGGCCCGGUCCAAAUGCAAGCUCAAGGCCAGAUCACAAUCCAAAUACCCCCAAGCUUAGCCACGGCCCCUCACAGGGGUUUCAAAUAAAAUAGUAUCCACCCUGGCCCACACCGGGUCCCGUCUGUCAGGCUUGACCUCAACGGAAAUCGUUAUUACUAAUUAAGACAGUUACAACGCGCGUUCGGUGUGACGCUUCGCGGUUUUGUCCGUCCUUAUCACCUGCUCCAGCAAUGGACGGUCAGGAUCGCCCCGAUCUCGCACCCCCAUCCGAGGACCCCCUCCCAGAAUGGCAACGGCCACCGGAAAACCCUCUCCGCCGCCCACGCCGCCUCCAAACCCAAAGUCUAACCCCUUAAAACCUCCCCCACCCACCCUCUCAAAUCGUCUUGCAUCGAAGCCUCGAACAAACCUUCUAGUUGUCUCUCUCGCUUCCUUUUCUUAUGGGUCACGGCGCGUCGAAGCCGGAGCCCGAGAUGGAGCUGCGGCCGGGGAUGAAGCCGAUCUGGCUGAAGAUCGAGGAGGUGAAGCGGCAAAGGCGGGUGAGGAAGUCGAGCAUCGUCUCCACGGCGGAGCUCCUCUGCCCGGAAGAACGCGAGGGGAUUGUCGACGACGACUCCGCCCGCGGCGCCACGGCGCCGAUGGCGGAGAAGGAGGAGGAGGGCGCCGGAUCGCCGGAGAUCAUCGCCAACGCCGAAGAGGAGAAGUUGAAGGAAGAGAAAAGGAUAAACAAGGAGGAGAAGGUAGCUACGGAGGCGGCGGCGGCGGACGAGGAGGAGGAGGAGAGAGAGUUAGCGUUUAGGGGGGCGGAGGAGGACGAGGACGAGGACGAGAAGGGAAGGAAGUUGGGGUCUUCGACGGCGUACGCGGACCAGCCGGGAUCGCCGAGUUUUAGGUUUUAUUGCACGGAUUUGGCGCGCGAUUCGGAGGAGGACACCUCGGUAAAAUUUGGCGGCGCUAGAAGGAAAGGUAAACUUCCUGAAACGAAGGAGAAGGAGAAAGUGGCUCAUGAGAGGGAGGAUAGCACCGGCUCUGCAAAUUCAAACGAGUACUCGGAGAUAAAACCAUUAAAGAAGGACAGGGGAAGGACAUUGAAAGCUUUAUCAAAGGCGCCUGGCCAUGUGUAUAACUUGCUCAACAUCCGGAACUGCUAUAGCAACCCUUCUUCGACCGCGAAUCAGGAUACCGCCAGCCUUCUUUAGAUUUAACUUGUACUAGUAAUUGUCGCCAUUGCUGCGAAUAUGUUCUUGGAAAGAGGAUUAGUGGCUUGAUCCUUCUCAAGAACUUCUAUCAGUUCAAAUGGGCAUUGUUACAAUGUAUUUUAUCAUUGUCAAGUGUUGAUUUAAUUGAUGGUAAUGUGAGUGUGAAGGGGAUGCCAUGUUAUAACAAAA